UUCUGCACUGACUUGUUGUGUACACGCGUUGUACAUGUGCCACCUCGUCAUGGAUUCAGGACCUUGUAGUCAAGAAGAGGAGCAGUUGAUCACGAAGGGAGCCUCUUCGGACGUCUUACCGGCGAUUGUGAACUCUGCGCCUUCUGAUUCCGAUCAGAGUGUGGCGAGCGAUGCUGACGACUCCGAAAGAUUAUUGGAAACCGUGGAUUCAGACUUUGAUGAGACGAAGGGAGGAGAAAGAAAAAUACAAUUACCUCGGUGGUGUGUGCUGUGUGUUGUCAUCUUUGUCAUCCUGUACUUGGCCCUGGUAGUAAUCAUUGAGUUGAAGGACGAUCUGCAGCCUCCACUGAAGAUGUUCCGUGGCAGUGCUUUUGUGAUUGCUCUCUACAUGUUGUUGCCGGUUGACAUUUGUGCGUGGGAGAAGGCCGGUCUUGGUUCAUCAUUCAGGAAAAUGUUCUUUAAUAAUCCUACAGGAAAAUCUUUGCCGAGAUCGGAGAUGCUGAGAUCGGCCUCUUUCUUUGCUUUAAUUUGGUCAUUGGGAUUAGGACUGUGUUUGAUCACCUCUAAUUUCGAUCGAGUCUUUUUUCUUGUUUGGUCUGUUUCGGUGUGGUCUUGUCUGAUUGUGUAUGGAUUUUUUGUCUGUAAAUGUUUCAAGCUGACUUUGCCACAUCGGUCGUCUCGUCUCUGGUUUGUUCGAGUUGUGGGUCGCGUGCUGACUGCUCCCUUUUGGGACGUAGAGUUUGCCGAUUUUUGGCUUGCUGAUCAACUGUGUAGUCUCACACAGACGAUGGUGGAUUUCGAGUUCACAGUCUGUUAUCUGUUAGUCGAUUACCAUCAUCCUGGACUGGAGAUUUGCCACUGUCCAAAGCCUCUUCCUGAAUGCAUACGCCCGAUGACGGCAAGCAAUUACAUUCGGCCGAUUGUAGCUUGCCUACCAUCGUAUUGGCGAUUUGCUCAAUGUAUGAGAAUAGCUGUGACAAAACGGAAUCUAGCACAGCUCAUUAAUGCUGGAAAGUACAUGUCUCAGUUUCCUGUUGUUAUAUUCUCAUCUCUUGCCGGCCUGGCGCAUAUCAAAGGGCACAAUGAGAAUUAUAGGAUAUAUAUUUCGUUAUGGAUUGCAUUGUCUCUUUUUCACAGUCUUUAUGUGUUUGUGUGGGAUGUUGUUCAGGACUGGGGCCUGUGUAGCAGCAUGGAGUAUGGUAAUUUGAUUUUGUCUCGCCAACUUUACUACAGAGGAACGUGGAAGUACUACUGCGCCAUCAUCAUAGACUUCUUCCUUCGAUUCUCGUGGUCGGCCAAACUCAGCAUUCAGUUUGGUGUCUUACAGAGUGACAGCAAUGAUAUGAUAGUUGCUAUACUUGCCAUGCUAGAAGUGCUCAGGAGAUUCAUCUGGAACUUCUUUCGCAUCGAGAAUGAACAUGCAAAGAACUAUGCGAACACGGUCCUCGUCUCUCCAAUUAAUUAAUCAAGAGACUUGAAUGCAAUUUGGUGUUGUUUUUAUACCACUGCACAGUACAAGAAGUUUAUUUUUGAAAUAUUAAUUGUAUCAGC